AAAUUUCAUACGUUGGUUAACUUUCACUUCCAUAAAAUUGUAGUAAGAGACUUGCUCUCCCUUUCUCUUUGAGCUUGCCGUACAUUAGUCACCCCUACGGAGGCUACAUAAGGUGGGUUAUGUCAUAAUCACGAGCAGCGCACACUCCAGCCAAGAGCGCAGGAUACGGAGAAACUCACCAGUGACCACUACACGUACCUCACACCCCUGCCCUCGCUAGCUCAGUCGCUUUCUUCGGUGGGCCGCGUGCACGUCGACUUUGAGUGGCGAGUAGUCUGAAUGAAGCUACAUAUGCGUGCGCAGCACUUAUAAUUCUGACCAGCAUAUCCAAUAUGCAGAUAAGGUCAACAGUAAGUUGGCUUGGCGACCCAUAAAUUAAUGCAGGUGCAAGAGAUUAGAUUAUUCUCUGUGCAGUAGUAGAAACUACAUUUAUUCGUUUGAAGUACUUGUAGAACUAACCACGCCAUCGUUGUCUUUCUUAAACCAGAUGAAAUGUCACGAAGAAAGCAGGAACGACCUCAACCAAGAAAACUAAUCACUGCUGAUACGGAAAUAAUACAAGAUACCCUUACCUGCGGUGUUUGUCAUAAAGAAUUCGCCUUAUCCGACAUUUUGGAGUUUAUCGAGCACAAAGUGCGAACUUGUAAUAAAGAAAACUGCUUGUACGAAGAAGAAAAAUAUGACAGUGGAGAGGUAAACGAAGACGGCAAACAACUUAAUAUAAAUGAUGAAAGUAAAGAUGGUCGAUCAAAAAGCGUGUCACCGUGUGGAAUGAAGGCAUUGCGAAGAAAACGAAGACACUCUAUGGAUGAUUUCUGUCCACAGAGCUCUUCCAAAAAGAGACGAGAAAACGAAGAUGCCAGAGAACCAAGUGUCUAUGUUUGCUCCACAUGUAAGCAGCCAUUUGCCACAGCUUGGGUUCUGUUACAGCACGUGCAACAUAUGCAUGACAUAAAUAUCUACUUGGAAACAAACAACAUCAAAGAGAAGAACUUGGAUUGUGACAAAUCAACUCUUUUCUCUUUAAAACAAGUAGCUCCUCCUCCUCCUGUGUCUGUUAGCUUGUCUGAACAAAGUCUGAUAUCUGGAGGACACAAAUCAUCCAACCAUCCUUCUUUGGAACUCCUUCGGAUUCCUCUUGGUGAACGACAGUUUAACACUUCGUUGAACAACAAAUAUUUACCACGUCAAACUAGUCAAGGAUCCAAGCUUGGUAUCCUGGGUAAUACGUAUCAACGGUUACACUCUAAUAGUACUUUAAGUCUUGUUUCGCUAGACUCCCAUAAUUCCCUGGAUAAAACGCUCUUUGAUCAUUCUCGAGGAGCUUCUAUUGGACGUGGUCUUGAUCGCCAAAAUGAUUUCUAUUCGAAUAGACUACGUCAAUUAGCAGGAGCUACGAGUCCUACCAAUAUAUGCCGAGGUAAACUGUCCAGUCUUUUUUCACAAACAUUAACCUCCAAUCAAUCAGUAACUUUUUAUCCAAAACAGGCCGUAUCUCCGACACUCAGCCAGAAAGAAAGUAAUAAGUCAGAAUCAAUUAAAUUAAAAUCAUGUGAAUUUUGUGGCAAGAAUUUUCGAUUUCAGAGCAAUCUAAUAGUUCAUCGUAGAUCACAUACUGGUGAAAAACCCUAUAAGUGUCACAUCUGUGAUCAUGCCUGCUCCCAAGCCAGUAAACUGAAACGACAUAUGAAAACACAUCGAAAUGGUGGAACAGAAUCAACAGAAAAUACAAGUGUUGGUUCAGGAAGAUCAACUCCUGAUGAAAAAGAAGAAGCCAGUCAGAAUAAUCAUGAGCCUAUCAAAGUAGAAAACAAUGAAGAGGAAGACGAAGAUGAGGACCUGGAAGAAGACGACGAAGAACUUGAAGAAGAAGAAGAGUUUGAAGAAACUGGAGCUGAAAAUAUUUCAACAGAAACUCCUAAAACUGCUUUAGAAACGUUUACUGAGAUAGAAACGACUGAUAAAGGAGAACAAUCCAAUCCUUCAAGGAAAAGACAGUCACUUUUGGGCGAAGUAUUAGAAAAAAUUGGACUAGGUCAUAUUCAGCAAUACAAUGAGGCCUACAAGCAAGCUUUAGAAGAAAGCAGCGCUCAAAAGUCUGUACUUAUGAGUGAGACAACGUCAGAAAGUGGCUCAAAUCGCCUAGCUUAUUCGAUAAGUAAUAAAUGCAUUAAUCAGACACCAUUAGACUUUGGCAACAGUCUUCUCAGUGCCUUGGAAAUUUCAGUAGGUCCCAACAAAAAUAACAAACUUGGUCUUGAUGAUGGUCAAGACGAAAAGAAUAGUCUCUAUGCUGGCUUGUGGCUACCUUCUCCCCAGACUUGUACCAAUCAAGGAGUAUCGUCCACCAAAGACCAAAGGUCAGCCAGUAAAAGUGCCUUGAUGGUGACCACCUCUAGUAGAUUAGGUAAUUCGCCCAGUCCCUUGUCCAGGACCAGUACACCCUCAACAACAACCACUCCUAAACCAAAAGAACAACGGCGGAAUGACACGUGUGAGUUUUGUGGUAAAAUUUUCAAGAACUGCAGCAACUUAACGGUUCACAGACGAUCCCACACCGGUGAAAAGCCUUACAAAUGUGAAUUGUGUAGUUAUGCAUGUGCCCAGAGCUCUAAAUUAACACGUCAUAUGAAGACCCAUGGCCGGUUUGGGAAGGAUGUAUAUCGUUGUCGCUUGUGUAACAUGCCUUUUUCAGUGGUAAGUACAUUGGAGAAACACAUGAGGAAAUGCGUGUUAAAUCAGAACUCUUUGUCAACGGACAAAGACGGAGAUUCUGUAGAAAGUAAUGAAGACAAGCAGUUAAGUCAAGCCACCAUCUUGUCUACUAGAGAUUCAGAUUCUAGGGAAACGUGUUAAAGCUUCCUUAAACCUCCUACUCGGGUAAUAUAAGUAUCGGUGUUCGUGCAUUGUUAAUGUAACGAAAAUUGUUAUUUUUAAACAACUAUAUACGUGUAUCUAGAGCGUCAAAAUUAUCCUUUUAUUAACUGAAAUAUGCACUUAGUAGCAACAUUUUUUACCGAAUUUACAUUAUUUAUCGUGGCUACACGAUGUAAAAGCAUAUAUGUGGUAAAACCAAAAUAGAGAAAAAUUGUUGAAAUAUUUUAUGAUCUAUUUGGCCCUUUUGCAAGAUUUUAAUUCCUAAAAGCAUUUUUAAUAUUUAAUAUGUCGUUAAUCAAAGAUAGGUAAAUAUUCGUUUCAUAGUAGUCUUUUUAUAUUUAACAUAAAAUUUUACUGGUAUUAGCAGGUUUGUCCUUUAGGUAGAAAAUAAAAGAUUGUACAGGAAUUAUAAAACAGAAUUUAGUGUUUCUAGUAACGCCAAUCAUUGAUGACAGCUUCUUAGUUUUACUCUGUUUUGGGAUUUCAAUUUUUAACAGAAAACUGACUUUUUCCUUGCAAAGUCAUUUGUUACUCGGACUUAUUUUUACAAGGUUUUCAGAAAAAAGGCGAUGGCUUACUUUUGAAGUGAAGUGAAAAACACCCAAAAUCAACUUUGUUUAAAAGUUACGCUGGUAUUGCAUUUUAUAUUCAUGUUUAUGCAUGAAAUUACUGAUUGAAAAAUCCAAUGGAAAAACCAGUUUAAAAUUAUAUUUUUUUCUUAUAGUUAGGAAUAGAUACCCAGAGGUUACAACUGACUACGAAAGUAUGCUGAAACAUGUUAGUAAGACAUACCUUACACAGAAUACAGUGAGAAACUUUUCAUUAGAAUGAUUCCAAAACUUGAAACUGUUUAGAAAUACUAUCAGGUUAACUUUAACAAGUGUGGUUCAAUAAAACUUAUAGUAUUUCACAAAUAAAGGUUUUCAAGCACAAUCCAUAGUACAUUACGUGACAACAUUAACAUAUAUAUAUAUAUAUGUAGUGCUACAUACCGAAAGCCUUUGACAUGUUGGAAAUUAAAACAUGCAAAAUGUUAUUAAUUUUUUAACUUUUAAGCGUAUUAAUAAACUAGAUAACGCGCGCUCAAGUUUAUGUCUACAAUUGAAAAUUAUUUUAUAAGACACAAAUUACGGGUCUCAAUAUCUUUUUAAUGGAUAUAAUUACAGUUGAGACCGAAAUGAUUUCAGAAACUAAGAUCAUUUUUUUAUGAACUAGUGUUUCAUAGCCUUAAAAAUGUCGGCACCUUGAGAUUUAUUCCCUUUUCGGUAUCAUAUAAUCCUAAAAUAUAAAAAACAAGUAUUGUUAUGAUAUAGUCUUCAUGGGCAUUGAACAAACAUGUUAAUCAGCCAUCAUCAUCACUAGCAUUUCGUAUUCUUAAAAAGCAAUCUCUGACUCAACGCCAGAAAGUACGACUAGGUGGUAAGAUCCCAUUAGAUCCGGAAGCUUAAGAUUAAGGUACAUGACUAUGUAGAGCAUCAUCAAAGACGUGCUGUUUUCCACAUCGGAUUCGGAAAUUCGGAAGCCUAAGAGUGAGGUACAUAGCUAUGCUGUUUUCUUUUAGGUUAAGGUGUUUCCGUCCUACCAAAGUACUUUAUCGUCAUAAUUUUUGAACUCCUAUCUCCUCCUAUUCCUAUAAUACUCUUUACUCAGAAAAAAAUCUUCGUAUUUUCCGUUCCUUACCUGAUCUUGAAUCAUCCUAUUCCCUCUGCUCUCAUUCCCAUUUGAGAGCAAGUUGUAUGAUACAUCCAUCUUUAGCUCUUGACAGCACUUCCUCCACCGAAGCUUAUCUGACUUCUCUUACUGCUAACAUUUUGAGAAAGUGGUGUGUAUCAUUGUGUUCGCAUUCAUACCUGCUACAUUUGUAACACGUCGGAUAUUUUGCUACUUUGCAUUUGCAGGUUAGGUUUGAAUCCGACCUCGUUUCCAUUUCGUUUUGUUUCAUAAUUCUGCUCAGGCCGUCCCUAAUUUAGAAGUGAGAGACUAGAGGGAAGGCAACUAUUCAACACUACCCACCGCCAACUCUUUAGCUACUCUUUUUCUAACGAGAAAUGGAAUUGAUCGUUAACAUAUAACGCCUUCAUGGUUGAAAGGGCGAUCAUGUUCGGUGACGGAAUUCGAACUCGCGACCCGCAGGUUGCUAGUCGAGUGCCUUAACCACCAGGCCAUGCCAGGCUGUUUCCGUUUGACAAGAACAAACACCCAGAGACUGGGUUUUGUCUCAGCAGCUAGUCACAGGUUUCACAGAAAGUUAUAGAAUGCUUAAUGAUCCAUAGACAAUGUUCUACAAUAAUGCCAUAACCAUUGUGCGAAUUAGGCUAAAUACCACCCAAUUCUACUGAUAAAACCAAUAAUAACUUCUUUGUCCAUUUAUAGAUUGGUUUACGUAUGUAUGUUUUCUUAUAGCAAAGCCACAUCGGGCUAUCUUCUGUAUCCACCGAGGGGUAUCAAACUCCUGAUUCUAGCAAUGUAAAUCCGAAGACUUCCCGCUGUCCAACCGGGG